AUCCGGAACAUUCUGACUGUAAUAUUUCCUGCUUUCAAACAGUCAAGCUCACACCAGGAUACACUUCUGUAUAAGCGUUAAAAUGGCUUCGACUAACAAAUGUAUGAAAUGGAUCUUCAUCUUAUUUAAUGCACUUUUCGCACUGACAGGUGCUGGGAUUAUUGUACUGGUGAACGUUUCAAGGAUUGCGGCAAUGAGAGAGGAAGUUGGGAAUUUCUGGUCAGCAUACCUGUUUGGGGGACUUAUGACAGGGAUUUCCGUCUUGGGAGCCUACGGUGCAUACAGAGAGAAGAGAUGGGCCCUAAUUUUGUUUUCUGUUCUUGUGAGCAUCGGCAUGGUCAUUUGCCUGAUUGGGGCUGUCAACAUCGUUAACCAUAAGAACAUGGUAACCAAAUUUGAAGAAUUCUUUGAAAACGAUGACAAGAAUGUUCAACUGAUUAAAGAAUCAUACAAUCUUGAGUGCUGUGGCACAUACAAUGGCUACCAGGACUGGAGUUCACAGAUUCCCGAGUCGUGUGUCUGUCCAGAAUCCUACUGGGGUACUCCAAAAUGUCAGAGGGUGGCAGUGUCUCCCAAAAAAUCUGGGUAUUCACAGAAUUGGCGCAAAGAGACGUACACAGAAGUCUACAGUGAGCCAUGUCUUCCUUUAAUCGUUCGGUUCCUCAAUAUGAUGAUGGAUGCCACCAUUGGGAUUCUUUUUGGAUUUGCUAUUGUGGCGCUCAUUGGGGUAAUCAUGGCUAUCAUCAUGACCUGCAAGAUCAAGAAGCAAAUGACUGCAAUGCCAGUGCCCACUUACGAGUGCUUCGACCCUCCUCCAUAUGAGGAGUUGUACACAAUGAAAUCUAUGCCAGAGCAUGUCUAACAUUUUUGUUUCAACAUGCUUCAUAUUGUUUUCUGACUUUGAAAUUGAAAUCAUCAGGGCAAAUUAUUUUUCUAUAUACAGUAUAUUCAUUGAUAACAUGCCAGUAUUUGAUUUAGCCAGAUAUAUAAUUUGGAAAAUUGUUUGUUGACUUUGUAAAACAUGUAAAUUACUGCUCAACAGUGACCUGUCACUGCAAUGCCCAUAUUCUUGAUAUGGUGCUGUGUGGUUAUGUAUCCCAUCUUAAUGGUGACCAAUGGUGUCUUUAUAUAUUUUGCUGCAUAACAAGGCACCUGAUAUGUUUGAUAUUUUGCCUAAUGAUUAUCUUACAAUGUGGCAACAACAUGCAUACAGUGUGCACUGUCUUUAAUAUGCAAUUGUUACUGUACAAGAGUUUCCUUGUUGUUCUUCAGACGUUAGAUUGAUGUUCUUAAAACAAUCAAAUGAAAGGAUACACAUUGGAAAGGUACCAGUUGGAGGACACCUUUAUUGUUGAUGGUGCAUUAUGAUUGUGACUAGGGGCUAGAGGCACUUGGUUUUUCCACUCGCCGCCAUCUUGCCAGUCAAGAAGUGAGUUGUCCAAAAUCUUUCUUUUUAGUAAACUCUGUGUACACAAACA